CAGGUAGAGACGAAGCCGAGAUACCAGAUGCCGAUCUUAGGUUUCCGUUGCGUUGUGGCCGGGCUGCUCGCCCUCUGCCUCCCGCUGGCGCUGGCUCUGCCCAACGGCGCGCCUAUCUCAUCCUGCGACUCCAUGACCCCGGUUCACAGCGGGAUCCUCCCUCAGAAUGGCUCUUCGGUGUACUCUAUCAAUGUUAGCAGCAUUAACGGCACCAUAGAAGUGAGAAUAAUGGGGCCAACUUACAAAGGGCUUCUGCUCCAAGCUCGAAAGCGCUUUGGGAAUGUGACAGUUGGCACAUGGAGUUCUCCUCCGGCAAAUACAAAGACACUGAAGUGCUUCAACGUUUCAGACAGUGCAAUGACUCAUUCAAACACAUCCGAUAAAGACAGCAACGAUGUCUAUACCUGGAAUCCACCUUCGAAAGGGUGUAUAACGGUCAUAUUCACAGCAACUGUGGCCCAGGGCCGAUCUGUUUACUGGCUUGGGGUCAAAUCUAAUGAAAUCAUGGUGAAUUGCAAAGACGCCAACGGAAGUAAUGGAGCAGAGAGGACCACAUCUGGACUCAUCCUGGUGCUGAUUUGGCCUUUAUUGUGCUGGUUUCAUUCUGCAGAAUAACAAACAGAGAGAUGGGGGGGCGCGUUCUGUUUCGAUUGUUGAGAGUGGAUUUCCUUCGACCAAGAAUGCUAAGCUCUAAAACAUGUCCAAAGUGGGCACUUUAAGCUCUUGCACUGAUAGCUUCCCAGUCUAAUAAAGAAAUUGUAAUUUGAAAGGCAAGGUUGAUAACCUGUUUUUGUAUGUAUGUUUAAAUUGACUGUGUUCUAAUGCAUAUAUGCAGGAGAAUUGUUUCCAAAUAAAUAAACUUGUGCUUUCUCUCAAUAAGGAUCACCUUUUUUAAGCAUGAGAUUCUGCAGCUGCUGGGAAGAACACAUGCACGUGCUGAGAGAAACUCAGCAGUUAGGCAGUAUCUAUGGAAAAGAAUUUACAGUCAACGUUUUGGCUCUUUGGUCUAUUCAUUUCCAUAGACAUUGUCUUAAUUUUGACUGUGCUGCUCACCUUUAUUAAAAUCCCAGUUUUCUUGAAUGGAAUUGAAGAGCAAUAUCUCAUAUACUGUCUAGGUAGUCUCCAGCCCCUUCGUAUGAACAUAGAAUUCUCCAACUUCCUGCAAUUCCCUCCUCCUCUUCCCUUCCCCUAUCCCUAUUUCACUCUGCCCCCUCCCCCAGUUGCCUAUCACCUCCCUCGUGGUUCUGCCUCCUUCUACUACCCAUUGUGUUUUCCCCUAUUCCUUCUUCACCAUUCCUGCCUUUCCCCUCCCUGCUUCCCCUCCCCCACCCCUUUAACUUUC